CAGGGAGGAGACGAAGAGGGAAGCAGGAGGCCCGCAGCUUGUUGAGUGUGGCGGCGCGCCCCCGCGCCUGCUAGUGGCGCGCUUGUGCGGGGGGGCCCAGGGGGGGCGGUAUGUGCGGCCUUGCGGCGUGGCUCCGCUUCCUGGCGCCGGUCGAGUGGGGCGGCAGCCCUGGCCUGCUCCUGCCCGAGGGCACCGUGGACCCGGCCGCCUUCGAGGGCGCCGCGGCCGCCCUCCCGAGGCGCGGGCCAGACGCCCGCGGCUCCCAGAGCGCGGCCUUGCGGUGCGCCGAGAGCGGCGCGGGCCUGGAGGUGGAAGCUGCGCUCGACCGUGCUCCACCUGCGGGGGCCGCGCUCCGCCGCGGUGCAGCCGUCGGGCCUCGCGGGCGGGGGCUGGCUGCUCUUCAACGGCGAGGUCUACGCCGUGCGGGCGGAGCCCGAGGGCCACGCCCAGCUGGGGCGCGCUGUCAGGCUUCCGGCCGAGCAGCGCUGGCUCGACCUGCCUGAGGGGGAGAGCGACACCGCCUGGCUGGCGGCACAGAUCUCCGAGCGCGAGGGUGCGGCCGAGCCUGCAGGGGCGUGGGAGCCUUUCGCGGAGGAGCUCCGCGGGCUGCUGGAGAGGCUACACGGCCCCUUCUCGCUGGCGGUGUGGUCGCCGCGGCGCCGUACUCUCCUGUUCGCCCGAGACAAGCUGGGCCGCCGCUCGCUAAUGGCCUCGCGUUCCGCGACGGGCGACGUGUGCGUCGCCAGCGUGGCGUCGGGGCCAGUGGACUCAUGGAGCGAGGUCCCGGUCGACGGCCUCUUUGUCCUCAGCCUGGCGAACCCCGCGCAGCCUUCCGUGCAUCAUCUGCCUUGGAGGGAGGGGCCGCCGUUCGAGCAGUCAUGGUGGUGGACCACGCCAGUUGCGGAGGCGCCGGCGAGGCAGCGCAGCGACAUGGUUGAGGAGUUCGCCCAAGUCUUAUCCGCUGCGGUGGCACGCCGCGUCGCUGUUGCGGCGGGUCCUGAGGGACCGCAAGGCAGCGCCCGGGUGGGGCUGCUGUUUUCUGGUGGCCUCGACUCCACUGCCCUUGCUGCCUUGGCCGUCGAGGCGUUGCCGGCGGGGGAGCCCCUCGAGCUCCUGAACGUGGCCUUCGACCGCGCCGCUCCCGACCGGCUGACGGCUCUCUUCAGCUUCGCAGAGCUGGUGGAGCGUUACGGUGCGUCGAGGUUCCGCUUGAUCCUCGCGGACGUGCGGGAGGAGGAGGUCCGCCAGCACGAGCCCGACAUUUGCCGCAUGCUUGGCCCCCAGGCCACGCACCUGGACUUCAACAUCGCUGCGGCGCUGUGGUUCGCAGCACGAGGCAUCGGAGAGGUAUGUUCGCCAUCGUUCUGCCAGCAGGAGUGGUGGCUCAGACUGCAGCAGGACCCGUCGCACGUGGCGGCCCUCCAGCUUGAGGAGGGGGAUAACGGGCCCAAGCUGAAGGCCGCGGCGCCCGAGCCCGGAAGCGUGCGGUGCCCAGCGUGCCGCAAGCAGCCCGCAAAGCCUGGGUGCGCGAACAGCAUGUGCAAGUUGUGUUGCCGCAAAGCGCUGCAGGCCACCGCUGCUGGCGGCCCAGUGCGCUGUGCGGCGCACAAGAUCCGAGGCGGCGGCGAGGCAGAAGUGGCGGCGGCCGCGGCGGAGCUCGCCACCGAGCCUCCCGUGCUCGACCUGAGCUCAGAGCGCUGCAGGUCGCCUGGCGCCGAAGAAGGCGCGCGGCCUCCCGCCGCAGUGAGGGCAGCGGCGCGGGUGCUGCUGGUGGGUUCCGGGGCCGACGAGCUGCUGGGGGGGUACGGCAGGCACCGGACCGCAAAGGCGCACCGCGGCGCUGAGGGGGCGCGCGGGGAGAUGAUGAAAGACCUCCAGAGGCUCUGGACCCGGAACCUCGGACGGGACGACAGGAUAGUGGCCGACCACGGCCGAGAGGCCCGUCAUCCGUUCUUGGACGACGGCGUCUUGAAUUAUGUGGGCUCGUUGCCGAUCGAGUUGCUGGCGUUCGGGCCUGCUGGGGCCGACCCCGUGCCCGACAAGUGGAUGCUGAGAGACUUUGCCGCCUCGCGCGGUCUCGGAGCCUGCGCCAGGUUCAAGAAGCGUGCGAUCCAGUUCGGCUCCAGGAUCGCUAAGCAGUCGAACGUGUGGCACGCCGGCAGCAACCGGCAGGUGAGGGGCGACAUGGCGUAUCGAGCGUUGCAUCAAGAGGGCGGCGAAUUUGAGCGUUGCCCUCGUGGCUGACUGACCGCGCCCUCCGUCGCUCCGUCCCUUCCCUGAUCUUGGUUCUGCCCCCGCUGCUAAUUACCAUCUCCCAUCCUAACUGCUUCCCCUUCCCCGUCUGAUCUUCCUGAUCCUCCUGCGCGCAGGGGUUCCCAGACACCUCACGGGUCCGC